UAUUCAUGUGUAAUCAGUCUAAUGUCAGAAUCAGAAUGAAAGAAAAAUAAUAAAAUAAGGAAACUGCGUAAAUGAAGUGAUUAAAACUCAGUAGCAGUAUUAAAAUUAUUUUUUAUAAUAAGACGACGAAUAAAUAAAAAUAAAUCAAUCUAUGGUGAAGAUGGAUAAGUUUGCAAUAGAUUUAGAUCAGGUACUCAAUGAUUUUGAAUAUAGUGAGCUAACAGAUCAGUACCAUUCCUCAAGAAAUCAAGAAGGACAUACAAGUACUUCCUCUAAUAAUAGUAAUGGAAAACAUUCUAUCAACAACGUUUUUCACAGUUUGAAUGAAUAUUUGAAUACGAAUAUCGAUGUAGCGGAUGUUAGCCAAAUAGAAAAUACAUCUAAAAAAUCUACUUGUAAUAAUUCAAUUUCUGAGCCCGAUAAUGUGAAAAGUAUUGAUGACAGUAGUGAAUCAACAGUUGGUGGUUCAUCAAAAAAUGAAGAAAUAUGUAAUUCAGACAGAAAUGAAACUAUCAUCGCAUCUUUCAUUUUAGAUGAAGUAGAAAAGUUGAAAGUUUCAUCAUGUGAAAUAGAAAAGGAAACCGUUGAUAUUAGUUCUAAAAUAGAGAAUGACAAUUAUGACGACCACAAGAAAAAAGCAAAUUCUGUAGAAAAAAAUAACUCUGAAGAUAUUGUCCAAUUUAGUAAUCUAAUUGAAGUAUCUAAUGAGAGUACAGAAGUAAAAGAGUCUCCUGAAAGUAAUGUGCAACCUAGUAGUCUUAUUGAAAUUUUUAAUGAGAAUGCAAUAGAUAUUCGUGAAACACAAAAUGAAAAUAUAAUUAUAGCACAGAAAGAAAACAGUGAUGUUCAUUUUGAUGUGGAAAAUAUUGAGGAAUCAUCUAGAGUUGGAUUCAAAGAUGAAUUAAAUUUAAGUGACAGUGAUAUAAAUACAUUACUGGCAGAAUUUGAAAUUGAACUAGCAGUAACUGAAGGUGAUAUAAAUAAUCGUCCAACUACCGAGAAUGUUUCUAUAAUUGAUAAUUCAGAGAUACCUUUAAACAACUUAAAAAUUCCACAAGGUGAUAUAAUACAUAGUAACGAACCAGAAGUUCUAAAAAUGGAUCUUGAAUUUCCUAAAAAUGAUGAAGAAAUUCACAGCUACCAAAGAAAUGUUGAAAGAAAUAGCCCAACAACUUUAAAUAAUGAUGAAGAAGUUCUGAAAGAUGAUCAUAAAGAUAAUCCCAUCAUGCUAGAAAAUCACUCAAAAACUUGCGAGAGAACUUUGGAAAAAAAUGAGGAUAGUCACGAAGUUCAUGAAAAAUAUCUUGAUACUGAAAGUGGUCAUUCAAUUGAAAAUGUUACUGUUUGUGAAAAUAAGCUGACCUCUGGAGAUGAUAUGGUAGAAUACAAAGAUGCCAAAGAUUGUAAAAAUAAUGAAUUCUUAGAGAGAGAAAAUAUCAGUGAUAUAAAAAGUGAUGAGAAAACACAAGUGACAAAUAAAGAACAAGAAUCUCUGCCUGUAGUUAUUAAAACUGAAAUUGAAACUAACUCCAAGUGUAGCCCGGAUAGUGAAGAAACUGAAAUCCAAGUUGACAAAAAUUCUGGUGAUGAUGAAGCGGUACAUAAGGAAUGUGAAAAUGAAGAAGCCAAAACUGAAUCGGCUAACUUAGCAGAAGGAGAUACUGGAAUAUCUUCUAUUGGCAGUCUCAGUGGAGAGAAUGAUGAAAAUGAAGUAAAAAAUGGUGAAUCGCUCGAUUCGUCUUGUAGACCAAAGAAUUUAUCUUUAAUCGGUGCUGAUGGGGAUCUUCAAAGAGAAAUUAAUUUGAUAGGAGGACCUGGUUCCACUCCUUAUAACAAUGUCUACGUUAAUGAAGAAAUACAGAAAAUCUCUAUGGUCGAUAGCGACACAGAUUGCUCAACGUCUGCAUCAAAUACGUUUUCUGAUGCUAGCAGUAUUGCCUCUACUGCAUCUACAGAAGAAAUGAAAGACGAUAAUCAAAUUGUUGAAAACGUUAUUUCUACAACUAUAGACAAUUCUGCCACAUCUAUCGAAAGUCCACAAGUUAAUAGUAGUGACACUGGUGAAAACUCUACUCCGGGACCUAUUUCCACUGAGGAAACUGUUGAUGCAAAUAAAACAGAAAAUGAAACAGGGGAAAACUCCGAAUUUCCAACUGAAAGUACUGAAAAUUGUGAUUUUAUGGACACUCAAGCACCGGAGCCUACUCCAGAAGUUAAUUUAAGUGGUCUGUGUGGUGAGAGACAAUGGUUGGGAAAAGAAGCUCCGCUUUGGAUACCCGACUCGGAUACUACCAGUUGCUUGCAUUGUGACAUGAAAUUUACUGUUUUGAAAAGGAGGCAUCAUUGUAGAGCGUGUGGCCUGGUUCUUUGUUCGAAAUGCUGUUACCUUCGGUUCAAAUUGGAGUAUCUGGAUGCUGAAGCUAGAGUUUGCAACAAAUGUCAUAAUAUACUGAAUACAGAAACAAAUAGUAGUUCAAGCUCGGACGUCUCUCCCGAAUCUGGAAAUUCUCCCCAUCAUCGCCCCAAUCCAAAUAACCCACUGGAGUAUUGUUCCACAAUAUCUCCACUGGAGCAAGUUGGAAGCAGUAGUACCAAUCCACCAGCCAUAAUGGUUCCUGUGGGCGUACUGAAACGAAAAGGUUCAAAUAAGGCGAAAUCAAACAAAAGCGUCAUGUUUUGUGAUGGUAUUCGCCCUGGAAGUGAUCUGACGAAUCUGGACAAUGAUUUCAAUUAUAAUAACACAAAAACAAAGAAACUGGAGAAAAAUAAUUCAUCUAUUGGAAAAGUCAACAUAAAUUUGCCCAUCAUUGAUUCAGAAACAAACACAUUUAUCCCUAAGAGUGAAAACAGCUUACCACCUCUUGUGACAAGAUGUAAAACAGACAUCACUUAUACAGACUGUUCUAACAAUUCUGCAACGGUUGAUAUGCUGAAACAAGGUCAACAUACAUUCGCAGUCCAUCUCAGUUUAUAUGUACAUGCUAAAAUAAUUGAUAUGAGCUGCUGCAUUAAUAAAAUGGCCUGGUGUUUUUGUACCGAAGGAAUGAUAAAUGUUGGACAAGAUGAAAUUGUAAUAUUAUUAGAAUACAUAGACGAAGAAUCAUUUGUACCCAAAGAUAUUUUUUAUCAUAUCAAUAAUAUUUACACUGAUGCAGUUAAAGGCAGUUCUGUGAAGGAAUUGGGAUUAUCAUUACACAAUUCUACAAAUUUUUUAGAUUCUAAAAAUCAUGCAGGAUUCGUCUAUAUCCGUCCAACUUUUCAAUGUGUGGAAAACAUCAUAAAACCCAAAGAUCCGUACUUGAUAGGUAUUUUAAUUCAUCGAUGGGAAACACCUUGGGCAAAGUUGUUUCCUUUAAGGUUAAUUCUCAGAUUGGGAGCAGAAUAUAGAUACUAUCCAAGCCCCAUCAUAUCCACGAGACACAGGGACAGUGUUUUUGUGGAAAUAGGACACACUAUUAUCAAUUUACUAGCUGAUUUUAGAAAUUUUUCUUAUACUCUUCCUCAGAUCAGAGGGUUAACUAUCCAUAUGGAAGACAAAAAUACCACUGUGACCAUCCCAGUCAAUCGCUAUGAUCAGGUACAUUUGGCUUUCACACACUGUGUAUGUUUCGUAUUUACUGGUGCGAGUUUCAUAGUAUUCAAUGGUGCCCUGAAAUCUUCUAGUGGACUUACUGCAAAAUCCAACAUAGUGGAAGAUGGACUGAUGAUUCAAGUACCGCCAGAACACAUGCAGCAAAUCAGGGAUAAGUUGAGGGCGAUGAAGGACCACACAAUAGCUUGCGGCUGUGUAAAUGCUGAUUCAGAUGAAACUAUUAAUAUUGUGUGGGGCGAAAACGAUGUGAAUUUUAAUGUGGGAGUAACAUCAGCCAUUGACGGUAUGUCAUUGAGUGGAAUACCAUCCAUCAGAGUCCAUAAUGGGAAAAAUCAUGUCUGCGUUAACGGGAACAGGAUCAUUAGAUGGACAGAAGUUUUCAUCAUUCAGAACGGAGAGGACAGUCCCAAAAAUCAAGACCCAAUCGACGUAUCUAGAUUAUCGGAAAGCAUUGCAAAAGCAACUUGCGAUGCUCUAGUCAAAUAUCUAGACCUCUUACUGACAAACAAUUGCCAGAAGUUGGGCAUCAGAGUCACCUUGCAGGAAGACAAUGUUUCAUAUUUUGCUGGAAGCAAUGGAACGAAGUUGCCUCCUAUUUAUAUGAAGAGUCUAGAUGAUGAACUGAUUCCUGUGCUCCACAGAAUAACGUCAAAUGAUCUAAGGGAGAGUUCAAUAGUAUUGGAGUUGAUAUUUCGAAUAUUGAAUGUAUAACAGGAAACACCUUUUUGGGAAUUGAUCUGUGAAGUUUUCAUAAUUUGAGACUGAAAGCUCAACAUGAAUAAAUGAUGUCAGAAAAUGCUGAGUUGAAAUAGAACCUUAUUAGAUAUUAGCUACUCAUUUUACCUUAAAAAAAUUUAAACAAAAUUGAAAUAUAUUACCCAUUACCAGUAUUACAUUUUCAAAAAGUAUUAGAUUAUGCAGUAGACUAAUCAUAUUCAUGGGAAACUUUAUUAGUUUCAUAGGUAGGAUUAUUAUUCGAAAUAUUUUGUACUUACUAAUAAGAUCUAUUUUGAUUUCCACUUUAUACAUUCAACACAACCGC